AUGGGUGUUUUAAGUGAAAUAAAUAUUUUUCCAUCGCCCGAUGCAAUCCACGAAGCGGGAAGUGAUAUAUUUGGCUUUGUUAAAUAUUCAAUUGAUGAGGAAACUGUAUUUAAUGAAAUAGAUAUCUCACUAACUGGACGUGGCACGUUAAUUGUAAUAGAAAGUGUAAAAUCAGGCGAUAGACAAACUGAGCACAUAUUUAGAUAUACGGAAGACUAUAUCAAAUUGAACAAUACAAUUGUUAAUAAUGACAACGUUACACCAGUUGGCGUUUAUGAGAUUCCAAUUCAUUUUAAACUAGCAACUAAUAUUCCGUCUUCAUUGAAAUAUAACACGACUAUUGGUAAUUAUAGAAUUAAUUGCACUAUUGCCUAUGAAGUAACUGUUACAUUUAAAAGAAGUGGAUUUAAAUUCGACAAGACUCUUAGUAAACCUAUUCAAGUUAUAUCAGGCAUUGUUCCUAGGCUACCUAGAAAACCAGUAACUUAUGGUCAUCAAAAGAAAAUACUCAUAUUACAAUUCUUCUGUAGAUGGACUGGACUAGUGAACAUAAAAGCUGAUAUAGAGACAUCUGUUAUUGAACCAAGUGGAAAAAUAAAAUUGUCUUACAUUAUAUUUAAUGACACAAACAUAACUAUAAAGACUGUUCAGAUAAAACUUGUAGAAUUAUACACAUUUUCUGAUAAAAUAUCUAGUAAAUUAUUAAAAUAUAAUGAUGUGAAAGAUACUGAAUCAAAGACUAGAACAAUUAAAAGUGGUGAUACUCAGUGUAUGGAAAUAGACAUCGAUUUGCCUCCAGAGAAGACUACAAUUGAAUUUUCUAAAUUGGUAUCGAGAAAUUAUUUCGUUCAUAUUAUAGUAGUACUUCCUAUUCCAUAUAGAAAUUUGGUGCUUAAAAUACCAGUGCAAAUUGGAAAUGAAAUUGUAAAUAAUAAUGGAAAUGAGAAUCCACCAGCAUAUCACGAAGCAAUAGAAAUAUAUUAG